UCGCCCAGUUGCUGUUCACACUCUAACCGAUUUAGAUAUCGCGCUCUGGUUGUACGAAAAAAAUUAAAAAAAAAAAAAGAAAUAACUUGAUAUAUGUGUAUGUGCACCAUAUAUCAAAUCAAAUAGAAAUCACGGCACACAAAUAAUAAAAGGCGAGCGCCGUAGUUGUUGUUAGUAAAAUUAAAUCGCGUAUACGAAGCGUGAAACCCAAAGCGAUCAAAUAAACGUAAACAAUUAUAGCUAAAUACAAACGUCAAACUAACGGAAAUUUGUCAGAAACUACAAUCGGAAUGUUGCGGUAGAGUCUGAUAAGAUCUGGAAAGGAUGACGACUAACGCAUAAACAUUUAUUGGACUAACUAUUUUUGGAUAUGAAUAUGGAAUUCGAAUUUCCGGACUUUUCUCGGCCAGAUUUCAUGGAUGGCAUCGACAAUGAGGCACUCGAUUUGUUUAUGCAAGCCGCUGGCGUCGGAUCGCUCGAUGAUGCAGCACAGCAUGGCAACAAUGAGGCGCUCAGCUUGGAGCAGACAGCCGGCAUGGGUGGCAUCUCCAAAUUGGAAUCGCCGCAUACGCCGCCAAUGAACGUGCUGGAUGCGCAGCUGGGAGCGACAGGGCGGGUGAGCGCGAUGGCCAUGCCGCUGGCACAUCUGCCCGAGAGUCCGCCCGAUUCGGGCUCGGAGCCCGCCUACAGUCCGCUGGGAGAUGUGCAUGCGCUCAACGGACGAGAGCUCAUCUAUUCAGGCCUAACAAAUAUGCAGCAGCAACAGCAACAACAACAACAGCCACAGCAGCAACAUCAACAGCAACAGCAGCAGCAGCAACUGUUGCACACAGAUCUUCAGUUCGCAGCGCCACAGCAAGGACAUCAUUUUGUGGCGCCUGCACAGGAUGUACGAGUUAAGCAUGAGACUGGCCUGAUCAUGAAUGCCAACAGCCUGCUCUGCCAGCAACAGCAGCAACAGCAGCAACAACAACAACAACAACAGCAGCAGCAGCUGAGCGAGCAACAGUUGCUGUCAAUGCAACAGCAGCAACAGCACGAUUUGCCGCCUGAGCAGCUGCUCUAUCAGCAUUACGAUAAUGGACACGGUCUAUAUGGAGCUAGCAGCUAUCAAAAUCUGUCGUCCAUGUCCACCUGCAUGUUGACCUCGCCGCUGGGCCUGGGCGAUCGUGUUCAGGUAAUUGGCACCAGCCAAUUGUCACUGAAUCGCAGCUCCACACCCUCGACGCCUGUGCAUUCGCUGUCCCGAAAGCGCAAGAUGUCCACUCAAUUGGAUUGCCCGGACUUUGCGCCCAGUGUGCCCAAGCAUGAGACGGGUCUUUUGAUCAGUCCGUUACGCAACUCUCAUCAUUCCAUUACAGCUGCUGCACCGAGCAGCAGUAGCAGCAGCAGCAGCAGCCAUCACAGCGAACACGAUCCGAGCAAGACACCCGCGCACUCACAUUGCUCCGCCUCCGUUUCCCCAGCCCUGUCCGGCAUCAAUUCCCAGGCAGAGAACAGCCUGGAUGGGCAGGCCAGCAAUGCAGCUGGGGGCAGUGGAUCAGGCAGCGAGGCUGGUGACCCAACGUUGACGCAAUGCAUCCGCUUUAGCCCCUUUCAGCCAGAGAACUGGCACAAGCUGUGCGAUCAGAGCCUGCAGGAGCUGUCCGUCAUUUAUUAUCGCGUGGAUGCAGAUAAGGGCUUCAACUUCAGCGUCUCGGAUGACGCGUAUGUAUGCCAGAAGAAGAAUCACUUUCAGGUCACGUGCCAUGCGCGCCUUCAAGGAGAUGCCAAAUUUGUGAAGACACCGUCCGGCUUAGAGAAAAUCAAAUCCUUUCACUUGCAUUUCUACGGUGUCAAAUUCGAGGCGCCCAACCAAACGAUACGCGUGGAGCAGAGCCAAUCGGAUCGCUCCAAGAAGCCAUUCUAUCCUGUACCUAUCGAUCUCCAGAGCCAUAUUGUCAGCAAGAUAACCGUGGGUCGUCUUCACUUCUCGGAGACGACCAACAAUAACAUGCGCAAGAAGGGACGUCCCAAUCCGGAGCAGCGUUUCUUUCAGCUGGUCGUCGGCCUGCAUGUGCACACCACGUCCGGACACUUUCCUGUUGUUAGCCAUGGCAGCGAGCGUAUUAUUGUGCGUGCCUCGAAUCCAGGCCAAUUCGAGUCAGAUGUGGACCUGUGCUGGCAGCGUGGCAUUACACAGGAGUCCAUCUUUCAUGCGGGUCGCGUGGGCAUCAAUACGGAUCGGCCGGACGAGAGUCUGGUGGUGCAUGGCAAUCUCAAGGUAUCCGGCCAUAUUGUCCAGCCCAGCGAUAGUCGCGCCAAACAGGAAAUCGCCGAAUUGGAUACGUCGGUGCAGUUGCGCAACAUGCAAAAGAUUCGUAUUGUCCGCUAUCGCUAUGAACCGGAAUUUGCGGUGCACUCGGGCUUGAGGCGUGAAAGUGAUACUAGGGAAAUUGUCGACACGGGCGUCAUAGCGCAGGAGGUGCGUGAGGUAAUACCGGAUGCAGUCCAAGAAGCCGGCAGCGUUGUACUCCCCAAUGGAAAUGUUAUUGAGAACUUUUUGCUGGUCAAUAAGGAUCGUAUACUAAUGGAGAACAUUGGGGCCGUUAAGGAGCUAUGCAAGGUGACCGGAUCGCUGGAGACGCGCAUCGAGAACCUGGAGCGAGCCAACAACACUCACAAUAACCAUCAAUUGCGUGCCAAGGAUUUGUUAGAGCCACGUUGCAUUCUACCACCACGCGUUCUCAAAUCAAAUAAUCGCAGUAAUGAGGGCUAUGAAAUCUGCUCCAGCCGCUUGAUGCAGAUCAUCAUCUUUCUGCUGAUUAUUGUGAUGGCAGCCUGUUUGGCUGCUGUUUCCACACUGUAUUUUGUGGAGCACAAUAAGCAGCAACAGCAGCACUUGGAAGGAUUUCCCGUGUUCGGCGACGGUCACCUCUAUCGACCCGACGGAGCGACUCGUUUCACAGAUGAGGAUCGAUACAAUUUCCAGCAGAGUUUGCAAACGCUGUUCAGGAACAAAACGCAUGGCGCGUGGCCCAGUUUUCUGUAUGCGGCGAGUACAACGCGUCCCACUGGCAGAGGCAGCCAAGCUACACGAUUGAGCGAAGGCGAUGUCGAGGAGGAGGAGGAGUUGACGGCCGUUAUGAACAAUCCGCAGGUGAACUUACCGUUGCCCAAACUACAUGCACAGCAGCCACGCAUCACAACUACUGCACCACGCAACAAAACGAUCGUCAGCAAAAACAAAUCGAAAUGGCCCGUCUCACAGGAUGCACUGCGUCCAGCUGCUGCCCAGAAGCUGCUGCAAAGCGUGCGCGUUGCAGCCGUUAGUCGUGCUCUAGCCAGCAGCACUAAUGAAACGGAAGGCUCUUCCGAGAAGCCGCAGGGCAUAACACUCUCUCAGGAUUUUGAGAAUAAUUCCAUUGAUGUGGAUGCACAGCAGCAGCAACAACAGCAAAGAUUACUGCAGCAGCAGCAACAACAACAGCAGCAGCAGCAACAGCCAGUGAAGCCUUCUUCCAAGCUGGACGAGCGCAUUGUCGUUGUGAACACUGUCCCCAGCACAGCUGUCGAUAAUCUUUCCUCAUCCGAUGCUGGGCAGGCUAUCCGUAAGCUAAAUGCAGGCGAUGCGGCCAUUUAUAAUGUAUACAAAACAGUUUCGCCACCCACGGCCAACCUGGCCCUGACCACCAACAAGGUGAGCACGGAGCAGACUCAUGUCCAGAGCACACUCUCCCUUGCCUUGGAUGUGCCGCCGCCCGCAGCUGUGCGCAACAGCAGCGGGAACAAAGAGAAUGCCGAUGCACUCGACCUGCAGAAUCUGAGCAACACAAAUGAAUCGGAAGCUGUCGAUAAUCCCAUAACAGCGCUCUUUGGCUUCGAGUACACGGAUGCUGGUUUGCGUGAUUCCGCUGUGGGUCGUCGCUCGGCCAAUCAGCGUAGCCUGGAGUGGAUUAGGCACAAGAGUCUGAAGACGCCGCUAUUUGGCCAGCCCAAGGAAUGCAAUGGUGAGGAGGCAAAUGCCGCCACAUGUCAGUCCAGCUGCUUUGAGUCACAGCAGCCAGCUGCUGCGGACAAUGUGGAUGCGAACGUCAAGCAGCAGAAUGUGGACGAAGAUCUGCAGUCCGCCGAGCAGGACCAGGAACAGGAGGAGCCAGAUAUAUUGAUCAUACAGCCAGUGGUGGGCAAUGAGACGAACGCCUUCCAUGGCAAAACCUCGCACAACACAGCUGCACGAUCCAAGCAAUUGGCCAGCGAAGCGGGAGUUGCUGCUGGCGAGGAUGCUAUAUACACUGUGCUAAAUGCUGAGCCCGCUGCAGCUGAUGAGCACGUGGACGCGGCAGCACCUCUGGCCACAGCAACUGCUGUGCCACAUCCCUUGGAUUGCUGGAGCAUCAGCAGCUGCGUGAUCGCGGGUCUAAACAAUCACACUAUUGAUAUAGCACAAUUUUGUCCCAGCUCCGGCAGCUCUUUGAACAUCACCUACACGGUGCCUGUGUCCAAGUUUUUGCAGGCUGCCAGCCUGGAGUUGCAUUUCAGUUCCAGCAGGCCGCUGCAGUGGUCUAUCUGCAGCGAUGAGGAGCAGUCGAAGUCAAACACAGGCGCACAGCUAAACGAGGAUGAGGAUGCGCUACCAAGCGGCAGCAGCAGCAACUGGGUGAAGGUGCUCAAGCAGCUGGGCAAUAAUAAACUCAUUCUAGCGCUUGAUAUGCCCAAUCGUGGCGACUUUCUGCGCGAGUUUAUGCUGCGCGCCAGUCCAGACCUGGAACAACAAAAACUAUGCGAUGACAACGCCCAUGUGGCAAACCCUAUACUGCAGUACAACUUUAGCAUCGUAAGAAAUUGUGAUUAGUUAACAAUUUAAUUUAUGGCACGGAUCGGAUCAAAAACGAAAACAAAGAUAAUGGACUUCAUUCCUGGCUCAGCGGCGACUGAUCGCAGUUGAAUGUGGGCCGCAAUAAAAAAUUUGACAACUAAAAAAAAAAAAACUUCAAAAACAAAA